UAAAGUAUCCGUGGAACGACAUUAGGCACAGCCGCACAGGCAUUUGCAUCCCUCUGCCGAGCCGCAACCAUGACGAGAAUUUCGCUCUUCCUUUCCGCCUUCUUUUUGCUGGCGUUGGUAACCAUUGGCCAGGCGCCGGCGUCGAGGUCUGUGAGCAAAGUAGAUGGACUCCGUUCAAAAGCCGCUUCCACUCCCGCUGGAAAGGCUCCCAUUCCAGCAGCCAAUCGGAAACCGGCGGACAAGGAAGUGCAUAAACCAUUGCCGUCUGUGAACGGCUUAAAGCGAGUACAAGCUACACCACCGAACCGCCACCGGCUAUCACCACCGGAACGCAUGGUCAAUAAAAAUCUAAAGUUAGAGAAGGAUGCGUCAGUGUUGGAGGGUGUGAAGAUCCCCUUAUUCGAGGGAGACAUUGCCGGGAUUCGCCAACCAAGCGAAACACGCACCGCUUUGCAAAGCCGAUUGAAAAGCGCCAUCCUCGACGGUAGCAACCAGUGGGUGGGAGCUUGCGUUUAUUACAUCAUCGAUCCUACUUUCACGGAGGACGAGCGCCAAGUUAUCUAUGAUGGUAUGAAUGAGUUUUAUUACAAAGUCGAGGCAGUGCAAUUCCUCGAGCGAAUGGAUGAGCCGGAUUAUAUUUAUAUCUACCGUGGAAAUGUCGGCUCAGGAUGCUGGAGCUAUGUCGGUCGGCAGGGCGGAAUGCAAUAUGUCAAUCUGGAGCCAGACUGCGUAUACUUCAACACGGUUGUCCAUGAGUUAAACCACGCCAUCGGAUUCUGGCAUGAACAAUCGCGUUCUGACCGGGAUAAUUACGUCGAUAUCAACUGGGAUAACAUUCCUGAAGAGAACCAGCACAAUUUCCUGUCAUACGACACCUCGGAAAUCACCCAUUACAAUCAUCCAUACGACUUUGGCUCAAUCAUGCACUACACUUGGAAUUCUUUCGGUAUCGAUCCCAACAUCUGGACGGUCUGGGCCAAAUAUCCCAUGGCCGAACAGCACUCUAUCACGCAAUCGUACGGUCUGAGCGCCAUGGACGCACAGGAUCUCAAUCGGAUGUACCGGGUCUGCGGCACGGUAUACACCGACAAUCCGUACGGGGAAGACGGCUCUUAUAGUACCUGGUUCAUGAACGGGGAGGUAAGCUCGCUGCACGCGGAGUGGUACGAUGUCAUCUCGUACGUCAUACUCAAUCAUGGAUGUUAUAUCGGCAUGUAUCGUUUCGGCGAUCACACUGGGUACCUGGGUGAGCUGCACGCUCUGGCGGCGACCUCCUUAGAUUCCAAUGGGGAAACAGUGGUGUAUGGUGAGUUUGAUCUGGCCGGUACCAGCUGGGACAAUGAUGUCCGUUCGGUGUACUGCUUUUGCAAUUAAGACUGUUGACUCUGAUGUACUCUGCUAGCGGAAAGGCCAAUGUUGGUGAAAAGAUAUUAAAAGAUGACCGGUGUGAGAAUGGUUUUGCAAUUAAAGCUGUGUGUACUG